CUCCCCCCCCCACACAGAGCAACUGUCAUGUGAUUUCUUGUAAAUGCAGAGAGGACGAGGAAGUGAAACUUAAUGUGUGGUCAGGCGCCAUUUUAACAACACAACGCAGAGGGUGAGACAAAGUGCACAGUCCGUGAAUGCAGAGAGGAGGAGGAGCAGUAACUAAAGUUGAAGUCAGACUCCAUUUUAACAACACAACGCAGACGGUGAAACAACGUUCUGAGUCCGGUGAGUGUUAACACAACAACAUGUUGAAUCUAUCAUUUCACUGUCACAGACUCAGAGUCAGUUUUCUACCUGUGGACUAAAGCAGGAAGUGUGUGUUGUGUCGUGUUGUGUUGUGUUGUGUUGUGUUGUGUUGUGUUGUGAGUCGAUGGAGUCGGAUCCUGUGUGUGUGUCAUUUUAACUCUGGGUCCAGACUGUGAGCGUCUGGUGUUGAACUGAACUUGUUGACGAGUCGUUUCCAUGAUGUUUACAUGAGUCUGAUGAACUGGAUUCAAACCAACACCCAGUGACGUCAUGUACUGGUUAUCAGGACCUGAUCAGAACAUGAAGGGGUGGGACCAUUCCACUCCUUAGCUCCACCCCUUCUUUACCCCUGUAGCGGAGGUGUGUCCUGUGGGGCCGAGUGGGUGGAGCCGAGGGGCGGGGCUCUACCUGUCCAAACCGGUCCUGACAGAUAACUCACUUCAAACGGAGGGGGUACCCAGAAUGCCUUGCGUACCACCGGCCACCUGGGAGAGAGAUCCAUUAAUGUAGUAUUUCCUCCAUUAAUAACAAUUUAAAAAUUACAUUAAUGACUGUCACAUCUUAGUUUAAUAAUAUUUCAAUGUUUUAUGGUCACUUAUGUUUUUUUAGGGUUCCAAACGACCCUAAAAAAACACUAUCGUUAGCAUACUGGAGUUAGCAUGCUAGCUAGAUGACUACUGAGAAUGUAACGGCUUCUUGAAGAACUGUCCCUAAUCUCAGGGGAAGUUCCAACCACAACCCUGUGUGACUCACACACACACACACACACACACACACACACACAGAGUCAUGUGAUUUCCAGUAAGUGCAGAGGAGGCGGAGCUGCCAAUGAAAGUGAAAGUGUUCAGACUGGUUCCAACUUCAAGGAGCAGACGGAGGAGACGUGAAGUCUGAAGCUGAGUGAAGAUGAGUGGAUCUGAGGAGAAAGAGGAGAAGAGAGUAGAGUCUCCAGUGUUCAGCUGUGUGUCUCUGAAGAGUGACUGGUCCAUGGGAAAUCCUCCAGUCUUCAGUAAAGAACCUGGACCCUCACACACAGAAGGUCAGGACCACAGACUGAGAGCAGAGUCUCCAGGGUUCAGCUGUCUGUCUCUGAAGAGUGACUGGUCCAUGGGAAAUCAUCCAGUCUUCAGUAAUGAACCUGGACCCUCACACACAGAAGGUCAGGACCACAGACUGAGAGCAGAGUCUCCAGGGUUCAGCUGUCUGUCUCUGAAGAGUGACUGGUCCAUGGGAAAUCAUCCAGUCUUCAGUAAAGAACCUGGACCCUAUCACACAGAAGGUCAGGACCACAGACUGAGAGCAGAGUCUCCAGGGUUCAGCUGUCUGUCUCUGAAGAGUGACUGGUCCAUGGGAAAUCCUCCAGUCUUCAGUAAAGAACCUGGACCCUCACACACAGAAGGUCAGGACCACAGACUGAGAGCAGAGUCUCCAGGGUUCAGCUGUCUGUCUCUGAAGAGUGACUGGUCCAUGGGAAAUCAUCCAGUCUUCAGUAAAGAACCUGGACCCUCACACACAGAGAGGAGGAGUCAUGUUUCUGAGGAGGAGCAGUCGUCCUGCUGUGCUUCGUGUCAGGACGUCCUGAAGGAUCCAGUCUCCACCAGCUGUGGACACUGGUUCUGCAGACAGUGCAUCACCUCAUACUGGGACCAGUCUGGUUCUUCUGGAGACUCCUCCUGUCCCCAGUGUGGAAAAAGAUCCAGAAGAGGAGCUGGAGCAGAUCGUGGUCUGCAGGAGGUUUCAGAUGAACAUAAGCUCAGUGUGAGGAGGAGAUGUGAACAUGUGACUGAAGGAAGUGAUGAAACAGGAAGUAGAAGCCUCCUCAACAGGAUCUACACUGAGCUCCACAUCACAGAGGGACAGAGUGAAGAGGUUAAUACUCAACAUGAGGUGAGGCAGCUUGAGACGGCUUCCAAGAUGAAGAUCCUCCACGACACUCCCAUCAAGGUCCACGACAUCUUUAAAGCCUCCACUGACCAGCAGAGCAGCAUCAGAGUCGUCCUGACCAACGGCGUCGCUGGCGUUGGAAAAACCUUCUCGGUGCAGAAGUUCACUCUGGACUGGGCAGAGGGUUUAGAGAACCAGGAUGUGGGUCUGCUGGCUGUGCUUUCGUUCAGGGAGCUGAACCUGGUGAAGGACCAGCAGCACAGUCUUCUCACGCUGCUCCAUGUUUUCCAUCCAGCGUUACAGAAGCUCACGGCAGAGACGCUCGCUGUCUGUAAACCUUUGUUCAUCUUUGACGGCCUGGAUGAAAGCAGACCUUCUCUGGACUUCACCCACAGGGAGCUUGUGUCUGAGGUCACACAGAGGUCAUCAGUCAACGUGCUGCUGACAAACCUCAUCCGGGGGAAUCUGCUUCCCUCGGCUCUCGUCUGGAUAACCUCCAGACCUGCGGCGGCCAAUCAGAUCCCUCCUGCAUGUGUUGACAGGGUCACAGAAGUACGAGGCUUCACUGACGCUCAGAAGGAGGAGUACUUCAGGAGGAGAUUCAGUGAUGAAGAGCUGUGCAGCAGAAUCAUCUCACACAUCAAGACGUCCAGGAGCCUCCACAUCAUGUGUCAAAUCCCAGUCUUCUGCUGGAUCAGUGCUACAGUUCUGGAGCACAUGUUGACCACAGACCAGAGAGGAGAGCUGCCCAAGACCCUGACUGACCUGUACUCACACUUCCUGCUGGUUCAGACAAAGAGGAAGAACAUCAAGUACGGUGAGGGACAUGAGACGACUCCACAGCAGCUGAUGGAGGCUGACAGGGACAUUCUCCUGAAGCUGGGGAGGCUGGCACUUGAACAUCUGGAGGAAGGAAACAUCAUGUUCUACCAAGAAGACCUGGAGCGGUGUGGUCUUAAUGUCACAGAGGCCUCGGUGUACUCAGGAGUUUGUACUGAGGUCUUCAGAAGAGAGAGUGUGAUCUUCCAGAAAUCAGUCUACUGCUUUGUCCAUCUGAGCGUUCAAGAGUUUCUGGCUGCAGUCUACAUGUUCCACUGUUACACCAAGAGGAACACAGAAGAACUCAACAACUUCUUGGGAACAUAUGAGGACACAGACAGAUACUUCUCCCUUGAUGACCUGCUGAAGAAAACCAUGAAGAAAUCCCUCUUCUUGGGACCAUAUGAGGACACAGACAGAACCUUCUCCCUGGAUGAGCUCCUGAAGAGAACCAUGGAGAAAUCCCUCACCAGUACAAAUGGUCAUCUGGACCUGUUUGUUCGCUUCCUUCACGGCCUCAGUCUGGAGUCCAACCAGAGAGUCUUAGGAGGCCUGCUGGGUUGGACAGGGAACAAUCCAAAGAUCAUCCAGAGAGUCUUAGGAGGCCGUCUGGGUCGGACAGGGAACAAUCCAGAGAUCAUCCAGAGAAUCAUCAACAACCUGAAGGAGAUGAAGAGUGAUGACAUUUCUCCUGACCGAAGCAUCAACAUCUUCCACUGUCUGACUGAGAUGAACGACCACUCAGUUCAUCAGCAGAUGAAACAGUUCCUGACGUCAGAGAACAAAUCAAAGGAGGAACUCUCUGAGAUCCACUGCUCAGCUCUGGCCUACAUGCUGCAGAUGUCUGAGGAGGUUCUGGAUGAGUUGAACCUGAAGAAGUUUAACACAUCAUACCAGGGUCGAAUGAGACUGAUCCCAGCUGUGAGGAACUGCAGGAAGGCUCGACUCAGUAAAUGUGGACUCUCAGAGACUCACUGUGAAGUCGUGGCCUCAGCUCUGAGGUCAGACCCCUCACAUCUGAGAGAACUGGAUCUGAGUGACAACAAGCUGCUGGAUUCAGAAGUGAAGCUGCUGUGUUCUGGACUGGAGAGUCCAAACUGUCGACUGGAGACUCUGAGGUUGAAGAGCUGCAGUCUGUCAGAGAUCAGCUGUUCUUCUCUGGCUUCAGCUCUGAGGUCAAACCCCUCUCAUCUGAUAGAACUGGAUCUGAGCUACAACGACCUGCAGGACUCAGGAGUGAAGGAGCUGUGUGGUUUUCUACAGAGUCCAACCUGUCAACUGGAGACUUUGAGAUUGUGGAGCUGCAGUCUGUCAGAGAUCAGCUGUUCUUCUCUGGCUUCAGCUCUGAGGUCAAACCCCUCUCAUCUCAGAGAUCUGGAUCUGAGUGUAAACAGGUUGCAGGACUCGGAAGUGAAGGAGUUUCUUGAUCUACAGCAGAGUCCAACAUGUCGACUGGAGACUCUGAGGUGGGAGUCUUUGUGGAGCUGAGUGUGAAGAGGACAGUGUGUGUGGACGGAGGCUGAGCUGUGUCCUGAGGAUCCAGAACAUUUUAAGUGGCACUUAGACCACCUUGUAGUUUUACUUUGCCUUUCUUGAUUCUUGUUGUUCUGGGCUUGUUCCCUCAUGGUUGAUGCACUUAUUGUAAAUCGCUUUGGAUAAAACCGUCAGCUAGAGGAAAUGUAAUGUAAAGGCAGAGUGGAGACAGAGCUCCAGAGGAAUCAGAGGAGGUGGUUGUAAUAUGUAACUUCACCACUAGAUGGCCCUCCACACCAAUUGUGAUUAUUCACAUGAAGAAUGUGUUUAUUGAAAUGACACAACACAAGCAGAAUAUCUAACCCCUCUAAAUAGAGUCACAUAUAUGUGUUUAAGUUUCCUUUAUUCUGUUCCACCUUUGUCCCUCAGUCUGUCUCCAUGUGUGUAGAACCACAUUCUGUUUGUUUAUGAUCUUAAAGUUCCUGGAUUCACGUAGCAGCACAUCCCAGUCAAAGCCUUUAUAUUCAGUCUAUGAGUCAAACACAUGGAUCAUUUCCUCUGUGACAAACCAGAUGUAACGAGAAAAAAAACACGUCAGAGAGAAAAGUUCUGUUUCUACUUGUCUCUGCUUUAAUGCUCAAUAAACAUCCUUCCACCGACUUCA